GCUGCAUCCGCGCCCGGCCCCGCUGCUGCUCCCGGCCCGGGCGGGGGGAGCCCGGGGGCCGCGCUGGGCUGGAGCCGGAGCCGGAGCCGGAGCCGCCCCUGGGCCGCGCAGCGCCGAGCUCCGCCGGCGGGAGGGAGCUGCUGCGCCGGGGCCGGCAGGAUUUCUGAUCCCCGGACCGGACGCGCUCUCCCAGAUGGAGCGAGGGGCAGAGCCGGGGGUCCUGGGUCCCCGGGGUGCUGAGGAGACCCCGAGAGACGCCCACACAGCAGGCGAGGGGCUGGUGAGCGAGACCGAGGAGAAUCCCGAUCAGGACGGUCCGGAGCCAGCUGAACUGUAUGGGACGUUCCCGGGACGUUCCCAGAGUCCUCAGCGGGGAGCGGCCUGCGAGCGUCAGGAAGACAAUGCCACAGCGGAGAGAGCGGGUGAGUCCGCGCUGUAUGGGGCGGAUUUCACAGGCCCCCACGGGACCGUGGCCCAGCCCAGAGCCUCCCCGGGAGACAGAUUCUUCACGUGUCCCGAGUGCGGGAAGGGCUUCGGCCAGAGCGCGCACCUCAUCCGGCACCAGACGGUGCACACGGGGGAGCGGCCCUACAAGUGCCCCGAGUGCGGGAAGGGCUUCAGCCAGAGCUCGGACCUGACCACGCACCGGCGCGUCCACACGGGCGAGGAGCCCUACGCCUGCGCCGAGUGCGGCAAGCGCUUCGCCCAGAGCUCCAACCUGAUCCGGCACCAGCGCACCCACACGGCCGAGACCCCCUACCGCUGCCCCGACUGCGGCAAGCGCUUCCGCCGUAGCUCCCACCUCGUCAUGCACCAGCGCACCCACACCGGGGAGCGCCCCUACCGCUGCCCCGACUGCGGCAAGCGUUUCAGCCACAGCUCCCACCUGCACCGGCACCAGCGCAUCCACACGGGCGAGCGCCCCUACAAGUGCCCCGACUGCGGCAAGAGCUUCGGCGUCAAGUCCACCCUGGUGACGCACCGGCGGGUGCACACGGCCGAGCGGCCCUAUGCCUGCGCCGACUGCGGCCGGGCCUUCGCCCAGAGCUCCACCCUCAACCGGCACCGGCGCACGCACGCGGCCGAGCGCCCCUACCGCUGCCCCGACUGCGGCAAGAGCUUCAUCCAGAGCUCCAACCUGGUCACCCACCUGAUCCUGCACACGGGCGAGCGCCCCUUCCACUGCCCCCGCUGCCAGAAAACCUUCGCCCAGAGCUCCAACCUCAGCCGCCACCAGAGGACCCACGCGGGGCGCCGAGCCCGCCCCUGCCCCGAGUGCGGGGAGAGCGUCCCACGCGGCGCCGGCCUGUCCGCCCACCAGAGACGCCACGUGGGGCAGGAGACGCCCUCGCCGCCCUGCUAGGGCCAGCUGGUCCCCCUGGUACCCACCCACCAGACGCCACGCGGGGCAGGAGACCCCCUCACUGCCCUGCUAGGGCCAGCUGGUUCCCUGGUACCCACCCACCAGAGACGCCACGCGGGGCAGGAGACCCCCUCACUGCCCUGCUAGGGCCAGCUGGUCCCCCUGGUACCCACCCACCAGAGACGCCAUGUGGGAGAGGAG